AUGGUUCUGAAAAAAACUCCCUUUUCGUUCUUAUAUGAAAUAGGAUAUGCAGAAAAGACCGAUAGAAAUAUAAACGAUAUAGGGAGAAAUAAUAAUUUAGACUUAUACGAAAACAUACAAGAAUAUGAGAUUCCAGAACUAGGAAACUUUCGAAUAGUAAGCAUUUUAUUAAAAGGUUUUUCAAGUACAGUAUGUUUAUGCCAAUGGAUUCUUGACUUGAAUGAAACAUUAACAUUAUGUGAUUAUGUAAGAUAUAUAAAUAGAAAUAUUUUAAAUAAUAAUAUACAAAUCGUAAAAGGGGACCACAUGGAAAAAAGAGAAGCCAUUUCUUUAUGGCAAGAUACAACAAAUAUAAGAUCAAAGACAAAUAUGAAUACAUGUAUUUAUCCUCACAUUUUUAACAAUGCAUAUGUAAAUGUAAAUAUGGAUGUACAUUUAAAUAAUGUACAUAAUUUAAAUCAAGGAUUAGAAGGAGUAGAAUAUAUAUAUCCAAGUGGAAAACCAAAUAUAUAUAACAACAUAAUAAAUAUAAAUAAUAAUUUAGAAGGAUAUAAGAACAAAAGAGAGGAGACAAAAGAAAUAGCUCAUAUUAAUAUGUUUACACAUAGUGAUAUUAUAAGAAAUAAUGAAAUCACAAAUCAUUAUGAUCAAAUUUAUGAGCCAUAUAACAUUAUGAAAAGAAAAAACAAAGACACAUAUAAUAUACAAAUUAUGAAUUUAGUUUUAAAAAUCAAACAUAAAGGAUUAUAUUAUAAAAUAAAAGAAAUAGAACAGUUGAGAGAAGAAAUUGAAAUACAUAAAGAUUUAAAACAUACUAAUAUUCUUCAAAUAAUAUUAUGUGCAGAAGAUGAAAAUGAUAUAUGGAUAUUUUUAGAAUAUUCAUCUAUAGGUACUUUAUAUUCAUAUGUAGGUUUUAAUAUUUUACAAGAAAAACAAGUACAAAUAAUUAUAUGCCAAAUUUUAUAUGCCUUAUAUUAUUUACAUAUUAAAGGUAUUAUUCAUUGUGAUAUUAAGCCACAAAAUUUAUUAUUAUUUAAUUUUGAUCAAUCUAUUUGUAUACAAAAUAAUUUUUUAUUAUAUGACCAUACAUUAAACCAUCUCAAUAUGAAAAAAUUAAACUUUCAAAAAUUAUUCAGUCAUAAUAAUGACCAUAAGACAAACCAACAAAAUAAUGUAUUUAACAACAUUGUCAAAAUAUGUGACUUUGGAUUAUCUGUAAAAUGUGGAUUUAAUGAAUUUUUCCCUUACAGAGGUAUAAAAGGAAGUUACGGAUUUAUAGCACCCGAAUUAUUUCAUGAAUGCAAUUUUAACAAUAAAAUAGAUAUGUGGGCUUUGGGUAUCGUCACUUUUAUACUUUUGGGAGGAUACCGACCCUUUUACCCUUGCUCGAAAUUUCAGGAAAAAGUAACCUUUCAUGAAAGAUACUGGUUUAAUAUAUCAUCAGAAGCGAAAGAUUUUAUUCAAUCCUUAUUACAAAUAAAUCCAGAAAAAAGAUUAAAUGUAAUCGAGGCCAUAGAACACCCAUGGGUAAAAAAUUAUUUCAUGAACUCAUAG